CUUGGCCUUCGUAUCGUCUCGCUGUCUCGCUCGCUCGUGUCGACUCGACUGUCGGCGGAUAUUAUUGGGAAUAAGUGCAGUGCAGUCGCGGAUUUGUGAUAAUUGCGCGGUAGCAAUAUAUUAACAUUUUUAUGUAACGUUUUCCUGCUUUAUAUAUAAUCAAAAAAGUUUAUUGUACCCGGCGUCCGUUUGCUCUAGUGUAAGGUUAUUGAAUAAACGGCGUUUGUUGGUAUUAUAUUUAUCGUUAAAAUGGCUUCACCAAUCAAAGUUGUUGUGACCGGAGCAGCAGGCCAAAUUGCCUAUUCUCUGCUGUACCAGAUCGCCUCAGGCGCUGUAUUUGGCCCCGAGCAGCCUGUCUACCUUCAUCUCCUUGAUAUCGCCCCAAUGAUGGGUGUUUUAGAAGGAGUAGUGAUGGAACUAGCUGAUUGUGCUCUGCCCCUUCUUGCUGGAGUUCUACCAACUGCCAACCCUGAAGAAGCUUUCAAAGAUGUUGCUGCAGCUUUCCUCGUAGGAGCCAUGCCUAGAAAAGAAGGUAUGGAGAGAAAGGACCUUCUCUCUGCCAAUGUAAGAAUUUUCAAAGAACAAGGGCAAGCUAUGGAUAAGGUUGCACGAAAAGAUGUCAAAGUCCUUGUUGUCGGCAAUCCUGCUAACACAAAUGCAUUGAUUUGCUCAAAAUAUGCGCCGUCUAUCCCUAAAGAGAACUUUACAGCCAUGACUCGUCUGGAUCAGAACCGCGCCCAGUCACAGCUGGCAGCUAAGAUUGGAGUGCCCGUGCGUGAUGUGAAGAAUGUCAUCAUUUGGGGCAACCAUUCCUCCACUCAGUUCCCUGAUGCGAGCAAUGCUCAGGUCAACAUUGGAGGCGUUCAGAAACCUGUGCCAGCAGUUAUUAACGAUGACAACUACUUGAAGACUACAUUCGUUAGCACUGUGCAGAAGCGUGGUGCUGCUGUGAUUGCUGCCAGGAAAAUGUCCUCAGCAUUGUCUGCGGCGAAAGCAGCAUCAGAUCACAUGAGAGACUGGUUCUUGGGCACUGGAGACCGUUGGGUCAGCAUGGGUGUAGUCUCUGAUGGAUCUUAUGGCACACCCCGUGAUGUUGUCUUCUCAUUUCCUGUUACUGUAACCAAUGGCAAAUGGAAGAUCGUCGAGGGCCUUACCAUCAGUGAUUUUGCCCGUAAAAUGUUAGAUGAAACUGGCAAGGAGCUCGCUGAUGAAAAGCAAGACGCAUUGGACGUCUGCAAGGAUUGACUGAGUAAUUUAUAAGACCAAUUUUUCUAAGUAAUCAUAGCAAUUAGAGAUCAUCAAACUAUUUUUAGUUGACAGCGAUGUAAAGAGUAUAAAUUGUCAACUUAACACCAGUGUAAAUGUAAGAAUAGGAUACCACGUCAUGUCGUUGUUGUCUCUUUUUGUAAUUUUCAGUUAUUGCUACAUGUUAUGCAUCAAACAUAAUAGUGUUUUUAUAUUAUAUUUUUGAUUGUUCUAA